CCGCCACAUGUCAACAGUGGCUCUCUCCGUCACUCCCUCUCCUUGGAAGAACAACCUGCUUCUCCCCACGCAGGGUUAAAGGUGGUACUUUAUCGCCGAGUUGCAGGGACAUCCGUGUAUUUAAAGCAACAAGAUGGCAUCCAACGAUGAACUGGCAUGUGUAUAUGCCGCUCUCAUCCUUAUGGAUGAUGAAGUACCUAUCACGGCCGAGAAGAUCAACACCAUCCUAAAGGCUGCGAACGUGAGUGUUGAGCCUUACUGGCCAGGCAUGUUUGCCAAGGCAUCUUCAGGUCUGGAUCUCAAGUCAAUUGUCGGCAACGUCGGCUCAGGUGUUGGUGCUGGCGUUCCAGCUGCUGCUGCUGCUUCUGCUCCUGCUGCAGCCGCAGCACCUGCUGCCGAGGCCAAGAAGGAAGAAGCGCCGGAGUCCGAGGAAUCUGAUGAUGACAUGGGCUUCAGUCUGUUCGGCUAGACAAAUUAUUUUUUUGGAAUUCCUAAAUAAAAGUGGAAUUAAA